AUGCGUAACGUUGUCAUAUUUAUCAGCUCUUAUUUUUUCAUACAUCACUCGUUGGCACUCUCUGUUCACUCGGAGAAUAUCACAGUGACGAAAGGUGAAAAUGUCAAAUUUCGCUGUCAAUUACCAUUGGAUUUCUCAUCCAAAGAUAAUAUUAUCCAAUGGAAAAAGUCUCGUUCGGACGAUGACAAUCUGAUCAUUUCAAUUAAUGGAAAAAUACCGAAAAUUUUCCAAAAUUCCUAUCAAACCGAUCUCACUAAUCAACACAGCUCGUUGGAAUUAUUUCAUGUUAAUCAUAAUGAUUCAACAGCAUACAUUUGUCAAACAUUUGAAACGCAAACAAUCCUCUGUCAGUAUAAUCUUGUUGUACUAAUUAUGCCUGAGGCACCAUUGUUAACAAUCAAUAAAGUGGAUAUCGAAGAAUAUCAAGCUGUCACAUUGACAUGUUCAUCACUGAAUGGAAAUCCUCCGCCUCAAUACACAUGGUAUCGUAAUGGCACACUUCUCACGUAUGAUUCGAUAAACUUCGUUAGAAACUUUCAUUCAUUUGCUCUCUACGUUCUUCCAGUUCANGUCAUCGUUUUUCUUUCUUCAGUUAUGCCUGAGGCACCAUUAUUAACAAUCAAUAAAGUGGAUAUCGAAGAAUAUCAAGCUGUCACAUUGACAUGUUCAUCACUGAAUGGAAAUCCUCCGCCUCAAUACACAUGGUAUCGUAAUGGCACACUUCUCACUUCAUUGAAUGAACAAGUGAUCACAACGGGGAAUAGCUCGUCAUAUACAUUUAAUGUGACGCGUUUUGACAAUCAAAUCAAGUACGAAUGUCAAAUCUGGAAUCAAGCACUUGCAAGUCCAUUUCGUCUUGAACAAUAUUUACACGUAAAAUAUCGACCAUAUGUGAACAUACUUGAAGAAACAGCGAUAUUCUCAAGUGAACUAAAUCAAAUAAGAACAAUAAUCGGUAUCGAAUCUCGACAACAAAAUUUAACUUGUCAAAUUCAUGCAAAUCCGCCACCAACCGCGAUCUAUUGGAUAACGAAUGAAACGACCAUUGUUAGCCGUGAAAGAACGCUUCAUAUCCCACGUUUAAUAUCCGAACAAACUGGCGUGUACACGUGUGUGGUGGAAAAUGCACUCGGUCGGCGAAAUCGAUCGAUUUAUCUUGACGUUGAAUAUUCACCGCGUGUUCAAGCUGUUCAAUCUCGUAUCGUUGCCAAUCGUUCAGAUUCAGUUAAUCUACGCUGUUCAUCGACUUCCAAUCCAUUGCCAUACCAAGUCAAAUGGUUUAAAAAUAACACUGAAAUCUUACGUGAUAACCAUCUCAUCGAUUAUCGAAUCGAUCACGUUGAACGAAACGAUUCCGGCCUGUAUACAUGCACUGUCUAUAAUCGUUUCCAUAACAAUCAAACAAGUAAUGGUUCAAGUACGAUUGAACUUAUUGUUCAGAGUCGUCCGAUUAUUGAAACAACGCACUCAAAAAUAGCCGCAGAAGUUGGCCACCCUCUCAUAUUAACAUGCCGCGUAUUGGGACUACCAAAACCGGCUAUAAUUUGGAAAUUCGGCGACCAAUUCAUUCAAUGUGAUGAAAUUAUCAACGAAACAUGUUAUUUACGUUUUUCGGCAAUACCGAAGACAAGUUUUGGCGUGUAUCGGUGUAUUGCCGAGAACUUGCUUGGAAAAGAAGAAUGGACUUAUACAAUUGUGUCGCGAGGUAAACCGGAAACACCAACAGAUAUUCUUGUUUCGGAAAUUACAUCAUCAUCGUUUAAAAUACAAUUCUCUCCGUCGUUUGACGGUGGAAGUGGAUCACAACGGUUUACAAUUGAAAUUGCCAAUUCAUCAAAUAUCACCAUCAUCACCGAACAGAUACCAUUUAAUAUUUAUGAAUAUACAGUCAAAGAUCUAAAUGAUUCGUCAUUGUACUUCUUUCGCAUCAAAUCAACAAACAUCUAUGGCGAAAGUCCAUGGAGUAUGGAUAUACCUAUCCAAACAAGUGAAUUGAUAAUCACAUCGGAUGAUCUGCCGCAAUUGCAUGUUGUCUCGUAUAAAUCCAAGGAAAAUCUACUUCAAUUUGAUUACUUACCAGAUAGUUCUCGUUUAUCGAAUUUGAAUGAAAAUCAGUUAUGUUUGAAUAUACGUCAAUCAUCCGAUGGCAAGCUCUAUCAAUCUGUGGACGAAUGUUUGCCAAUAGUCAAUCGUCAAGUUCAAUGGAGAAUUGGUAAAGAUCAACCGUUCUUAAAAUUAGCCAUUUGUUCAAAGAAAAAUCGCGAAAUUUGCGGACAAGAGAUUGAAAUGAAAGAAGAAAUGUACAGUCGAGAUUUAACACCGAUGAUUAUUGUAGCAGCUGCUAUAAUCAGUUUUCUAGUUCUUGUGACUAUUAUCGUCACCAUUAUCUGUGCACGAUCCAGAGCACGGAAAUCGAAACCAAAUACGAAUAAAUUUGGUAUCGUUGGUCUUGAUAAAGAUAUUCGACCUGACAUUUCCGAGCCUCGUCUUCAAAAUCCGUAUAUGCUGUACACAAAUACAAAUCCUCAAACACCAUCCUAUGACUAUGACUAUCAACAACGUAAAAUAGCAAAUUCAUUUACUCAUUCACCCGAAGUCGUCGAUUACGAACAACGAAAGGAUGAAUACGGAGUCACACGACGUAUCACAAAUAUCCAUACUUCGCCUCAUUGGAACCGCAGUGAAUCUCGAUCAGGUUCGAAUCCUUCAUCAGAAUCCAGUUGUGUUACACAGCAUACAAAUAUAUUAAUCCCUACUAACACAGACACUCAACAUUCAGAUCCGGCUUCAACAUUAAUUUCACAUUACGGUUUUCCACCAAUUCUUUCUCCAUCACAGCAACAAUCCUCGAUUAUUCAAAGUUCAUCAUCGAGUGAAACUUCGACACCCAAUCGCAUCAGAAAACUCUUCUAUGAAGUCGUUGUUUAA